CCCACCGUCUCCUCCUCCUCCCCCUCUUCCUCCUCCUCCUCCCCCUCCUCCUCCUCCUCUUCCUCCUCCUCCUCCUCCUCCUCCUCCCCAGUGCUGAACUGCUGCGAGGGCGACGUGCUCUUCCUCCUGGACUCCUCCGGCAGCGUCUCCUCCUACGAGUACACCCGCAUGCUGGGCUUCCUGUCCGAGCUCCUGCUGCCCUUCUCAUUGGGCGAGGACCAGGUGAAGGUGGGGGCUCCUCCAGGUGGGCUCCCGCCGCGCCUGGAGUUCGGCUUCGACGCCCACGGCACCCAGGACGGCCUGCAGGAGGCGCUGCGGCGCACGCAGCCGCUGCGCGGCGACACCAACACGGAGGAGGCGCUGCGCAUGGCCCGGGACUGGGUGCUCGCCCCGGGGGGCCGCGGGGGCGCCCGGGCGGGGCUCCCCAGGGCGCUGGUGUGGCUGACGGACGGGGUGAAGCCGGCGGACGUGCUGGGCCCCAUGGCGGCGCUGCGCGAGGCGGGCCCGCCCAUCGAGAACAACCUGUACUUUGUGGACAUCGACGACAUGAGCAUCAUCACCGAGGACCUGAGGGAGGCCAUCAUAGAGGUCAUCCGGGCGCGGAGACUCAACGUCCACGACGUCUCCACCAACUCCGCCAAGCUCCAGUGGCGCCCGGUCCUGGCCGGGCUGGGGGGUUACUACGAGAUCCUCGGCCCGGUCCCGACGGGCGGGGGCGGGGGAGGGACCGGCGGCGGCGGCGGGGGGGGGUCCGGCACCAGCCCCAGCCAGGGGGGCGGUGAGUACCAGAGGCUGGUGCGGCCCGCCGACAUCAGCUCGGCCGAGCUCACGGGCCUGCGGCCGGACACCACCUACCGGGCCACGCUCACCCCCGAGUCCAACGAGGACGUCCUCACCCCCAUCUCCGUCACCUUCACCACCAAGCCAGAGGUCCUGAGCCCGGCCACGGUGACCGUCUCAGAGUCGGGCCAGACCAGCGUCAAGGUGAGCUGGGGUCCGCUCCAGCCAGAGUCCGUCUCCUCCUACCUGGUGGAGUACUCCGCCCUCCCCACGGGGGAGCUCCACACGCUGACAGUGUCCGGCGGGCAGAACUACACGCUGCUCCGCGACCUCCACCCCGACACCACCUACCUGGUCACGGUCAGCGCGCGCCACGCCUCUGGGCGGGAGCGGGCCCUGACCGUCAAGGCCUGCACCCAGGAAGCGGCGCCGGCCCUGACGGACCUCCAGCUGACGGCGGUGGGCAGCGGCUCGGUGCAGGUGGACUGGCGGGGCCAGGCCGACGGGGUGCGGGGCUACUGGCUGACCUGGCAGGGGGCCGCCGCCCCGGGGGGCCGCUCCAACUCCCUGCUGGCGCCGCCGCCGCCCGGGCCCACCGCCUCCCACUACCUGCCCGCCGGCGCCCUGUCCACGCGCCUGGACCAGCUGCCCCCCGCCGCCCGGGUGUGCGUGUCCCCCGUGUACCGCGCCGCGCGGGGCGACGGCCUCUGCUGCACGGCCCGGUUCAACACAGAUGCGCGUGUGUACGGCCACCAGUCCUAACCUCCCCCCCCCGACUGACUCAGCACCUUACCAAACAUGGAGGCUCGUGGAUGAGGAAGAGGAGAAGAAUCUUUAUGUUUCAUCUCCCCUUUUCUCCCGCUCUGCUCCUUUCAUGGACGUGUGUGCUUUGGCGAGCGCGGUGCGGGUUCGACGCCAGAGACACUUACCGCACGCCCGUGAGCCGCUGAGUCUUGGCGCUCAACUCGCGGCCACCCGGCCUCACGUCGGCUCACCUGUUUUGUACCUGUAAUAUAAUUGUACAAAUAUUUGCUGUGUGUGGGAAAAAAAAAAAAAAAAGGAUCAUAAAGUGGAAGGAGGGAAGGAGUAAUGUAAUAUUAUACUGCCGGAGGAUGCAGACGGAGAGAUAGGGUUUUAUGGACGUCCGUCUUUCCUUCAGACAAAGCAAAUAUUUGGAUCUGGAAUAUAAUUGUGCAGAUAUUUGCUUUGUGUCAAAGGGAUAAAGAGGUGGAAUAGUCAAUGCGACUGUAUUGUGUAAAAGCUGAAGAGUGUGUGUUGCUGGGAAUGGUCUGGCAUUCUAACAUAGCAAGAUCUGAUUUGAACUUCCACAGCAUAUGGUGGAUUCCAUGCCAAAAUAAUUUUAUUUCUAAUCUGGUGAAUGCAUAGAGAACAUCUGAGAUCCAUUCUCUCUGAUUAGUUACACGUUUAAGCCCUAAAUAUUCUCUCUGUCUUCUGACAUAUGCUCCAUAUCUCUUUGAACUUGUUGAUGCCAAACACACACACACACACACACACACACACACACACACACACACACACACACACACACACACACACACACACACACACACACACACACACACACACGCCAUUUUCCUCAUAACUUCGCCUUCAGGAUAGCUUUUAUACCUUGAUUAAAUAACCUUGUAAAUAGAAGGGCUAAACCCUUCAUAAAAAGAAGGGCUUAGCACACAAACACAAACAAAAACUACAUAAGGCUACACAGUUAAAUCAGCAAAGGUAUUUUUUUCAAUAUCACAUGCUUUUACAUCUAUAAUUUACGUUUACUCAUCAAUGUGUUUGUCCAUAAAAGGACGAGUAUGCGAUGCAUUUCUACGUUGUUUUUCCACAAACGGAAGGCAGUUGGCAGGCUGUUUGUUAAUAGGUAUUUGCUGCCCCCUAUGGGAACCAACAGUUAUUACAGCUGAGGUUGAAGUUUGGUUUUAUAGUGAGAAUAUCACCGCAGAUGUUUAACAGGAACUUGUAUUAAAAUAAUAAAAAUAAUAACU